AUGUUCUCUCUGGAAUGUUUAAAAAGUAUUUCAUAUAAAGAUGUGGAAGCAACACAAAGUAAAUACCUUUCCCUAAGCAGUGAAGUUGAUAAGCGGAAUUUUAUCUUAACUUGCUUGAGAGAUCACACCAGCUGUCAAAGAAAAGGUCCAGGCAUUGUGGGUGAGAAAACAAAUUUCUUGGUGAAAGGCAAAUCAGUAUGUCAAAAGGCUUGGUUAAUUGUCCAUGGUAUUAAUCCUAAAAGAUUUGGCAGAAUUGUUAAAGGAUUUGAGACAGGCUCCGAGUUUUAUCAACACGGCAACAAACUAAAGUUAAGGACAGCAGUAAAAACUGCUGAUUGUUCAGCAUGGAUAAGUUUUCUGGUCAAUGCUAUUGCGGAUCAACAACCAGACACUGGCAAAAUUCACUUGCCAUCCUGUUUCACAAAACUUAGCUUGUACAGGAAAAUGUGUGAGGAGCUAAAUAAUAGUGAGAAUGUUGUGAGCAAAUCACAAUUCUACAGCAUAAUGGCAAAGCAGUUUGCACAAGUUGUAAUUCCAAAGGUGAGGCAUGACUUUUAACUCAGUAUUAAUUGAUUGGUCACUGCAUUAGUUGUCAAAAGUUAGGAAAAUAUAGUACAUACAGGUGAAUGUAAUUGUUAUGGGAAUCACUGAGAUAAAAUACAAUAAAAGAGUAACUUCAAAAUUUUUAUUUUAAUGAAUCGCUCGAUGAUUUGACUAGACCUGUCCUGAUUAUGAGCACAAUCUAGUCGAAACAUUGAUUCAUUAAGCCAGGCCUGCAAAUAAUUUUACUUGGAAGGUCAAAUAUAGCGUUUAUAUUUUUAAAAAUGGUGUUAAAUAAACAAUCAGGUCGGUCAAACAAUCUGCUUAUGUGUCUUGUUAACCCAUUGAGCAGCAAAUUAUGCACCAAAUGUUCUCGACCGGUGCUACUUUACUCUUUUACUCUGUCCAUCGUCAAACGAUUUUCCUCAUCAACCUUGGGGAGUCUGGUGCUUUUAAUUAAUGGGUUAAAUGAACAUGUGAAUGUAAGUAAGCAUUAUAUGAUUGAUAAAUAUUCCUAACGAGAAGUCUAUUAAAAUUUUCUUUCAAGGAAAACCGGUUCACAAAGUGUGAUUCAUGCACAGAUUACAAAGGAGCUCUGGAGUCGACGAUGGACAAGAUUAAAAGAAAAGAAAUUUAAGACCUUCUCCAGCAGCACAUCAAGCUUGUAAUGUAUGUAUAGUAUGUUUCUUAAAACCCUAGUAAUAAAUAAUGGGUUUCUGCUAAAUAAUAUUUAUACCCUACAGUAGGAUGGGAUGGGAGAUUCUUAUGUCGUAUACAAAAAUCCUGUAGCCCUCCCCCCUUUUGAUGAACUCAAUGUUGAAGACCCCCCCCCCAUCCUAUAAUAUAAUGAAGAAUUUAUACCCCUCAUUCCCUGUGCAAUACUGUAUGUUUAGAAAAAGGUCAUCAAUACAUAAACGUCAGACUUGCACAGGACUCUCUGCAAAUAUCACUUUUUAAAGACUCCACUUGGUCAAUGGUCAUUUGCCUAUAGAGCUGUCCUCAUUUAGAACAAUUUAGAUAAAAGCCUGAAUGAUAGCGCUUCCCUUAAAAUCUUUAAGACAGCAUUUAAAAAAACAUUUGCUUGCCAGGGAGAUUAUUAAACAUUGUGCAUGGUCAUAAAUAAUUGCAAAUAAUUUCUUAAAAACCUUUUCAGGGAGAAAUUUAUUAAAUUUAAAAUGUUGUAUAUGUAGACUGGUGCUACAAUAUUUUCAGUUAUUUUUGUACCCUCCCCCCCACCCACAAGAGUAAAAAAAGCAAGUACCCUCUCCCAUAGAACAAGAUGAACUUUACAUGACCCCCCCCCUCAAUUUCUUCCACCCAGCCUUGAGUAUAAAUAAUGAACGGUCUUAAGUAUCUGUUUGUGCUAAUCCAGUUAAGCCGGUUACAGACGAGCAAGUUUUUAUGUGACAAGUUUUUAUGUGACAAGUUUUAUUUGCACGUCUGUAUGCGCAACUUUGACAAUUUUUUCCAUGACAAGUGCACUUGUUCAAAAGCUAGCUAGCAUGCUAGCUUUUUCGUCUGUAUCAGUCGGCAAAGAAAACCUGUCAAAGUAAUCUGAGCAUUUGAUGUGAUUGGCCAGCGCUCAUGUUGUCUGUAAUUAUUGCACAUGUACUAUUACUGUACAUUGACCAAUAAUAAAUUGUCAAUUAAAGUAAACUUGUUGACACAUUCACACCAGUAAAUAAAACUUGUCAUGUGAAAACUUGUCAUCAGGCUUUUAGCCAGAAGGGUGUCCUGGCAUCCUGGGAUGCCCAGAAACAAAAAAUGGAUGUCUUUGGACGCCCAAAUUCUGGGGGGAAAGGGAAAUUAUUUUCAAUGAUUCCCCUAAGUUUAAUAUAUCUGAAACAAAAUAGCUUCAAUUCUCAUAAUUAUUAUUAUACAUUAGUUUGACAUUUUGAUCAAUUUGAUUGUGUACCUGACUGAAUGAAAAUGUCAUAGCGGCACAAUCUCAGUACUCACAAAGCCAAGUGUGUUUGAAAAAUUUCGACCGAGCUUGGAACAGAUACUGAUAUGAAGUAACGUAAACUUCAAAGGUUUUCCAGAGGAACGUUUUCUCGAACCCCCCCCCCUUUUACUGUGGAUGUAUCGUUGUACCAAAAUUGGACGCCCUUUUUUAGGAUCCUGGCUAAAAGCCUGCUUGUCAUAUAAAAUUUGUUACAUAUACACAUUGUGCACUUGCCAAAUAAAACUUGUCACACAAAAACUUGUCAUAGAAAACUUGCUCGUCUGUAACCAGCUUUUGUGUGUCUUUGCAUACUGUAUAUAAUAACUAAGUGAUAUACAACCAUUACUGUAUUUUAUUUCUUCAUUCUUUCCCAGGAAUGAGCGGGAGAAAUAUCACUUGCACCGCUACAAGGCAAAGAGGGACCCAUCCAGAUACCUCACAAUAAUUCUAGAUGGAAUGGACCAGUCUUGCAGAGACUCCGGACCCACUUGGUUGGCGUUAUUGCUCAUAGUGGCUUAUACCCAAUGGGGAAGGCAUUGUUUGGAUACUUUGAUCUGUUUCAGUGGCCACAUGACAGUAACCUGACCAUGAACAUUAUUCUUUUCAUCUUGGGGACACUGAACACAGAGUUGGCAUACCACCAGUUUUAAACUUACAACUUGACAACUGUUGGCGGGAAAACAAGAACAAGCAUGUCUUUACCUCAUUGUCUCUCUUGGUGGAAUGGUCUGUCUUCGAUAAGGUAUCGUAUAUAAUUAUGAAUGCACUUUAAUGUAAAAUCUUCCAUUUAUGUAGCAAUUUCUUUUGUGGAUGUCUAAGAGGUUAAACAAGUUUCAUGUCAUAUUUUGAUACUUGUGUUUACUGUACUAUCCCGGUAAAUUGCAACCUGUUCAUAUGAGUUCAUUGGUUGAGAGGAUCUGUUUUAUUUGCCCUACUAAUAAGAAAAGAGCACAGGAAAAGUUAAGAAUUAACCCAAUGAGCCGCAAUGGGCCUUUUUUUACUUGUUUAACGCCAGAUGAUUUUACUCAUCAAUGAGGAAGCACUGCAGCAGCUCAAUGGGUUAAUUGAUAGUUAGUGUAUACCUGUAUAUAAUUAAAAUUGUCCCAAUUUUCUUGUUACAGAUUAAAGAAAACUUCCUUCCUGUUGGCCAUACCCAUGAGGAUAUUGAUGCUCUUUUUGGACUGUUUUCUAAGCAUCUACGGUUACAAGACGUGUACACGUUUGAUGGUUGGUUUGCACUUUAUUUUCAUUUUUAAAGUAAUACCGUAAACCUCUGAAUAUAAGCCUGGCCCCCGCGAAUAUAAGCUCCCCUCAUGUACAGGGUGUUAGCCAGAAAAAAGUUUUGUCCGUUAAACAUAAACUGGGAAAACCAAUUAAAGAUCCUUGUGUAGGAAUAAAUAGUGCUUUUUCCAAUAUGUUUUCUCUUGUAUAAGCCCAUCAAAAGUUGCUCAUGUAAGAAUAUAAGCCCAGGGAAAAUAGUCAGAGGUUUGUGGUAUAUGAAGUUAUCAACCCUGGGAGUAGAAAUGUACCCACAUGCACCUCAAUUUAUCCUUUACUCUGUACAUAUAAGAGUCUUUCUAACUUGAAAUAUUAUUUUUCUAUUAGUUCUUUGUGAAUCUUUUGAAGACUGCACAACAAAACCUAGACCUCGAUCUACCAAACCUCAGAAGAUGUUUGACGUCAGAGAAUGGUUGAAUGCUCAUAGCCACAAUAUCCAUCAACAUGUCAAGCCACAUUGUUUCAAAUUUGUGCGAAAUGAAAAGGGUGAAGCAGUCAUGUUUUACCGGAAAUGGAGUGGUGAAAACUGGAUGGGCCCAGUGCGAAUAUUAAAGGUUUGUGUAUAUUAUAAAAUAAUCUGUAACUACCAGUCAAUAUCUUAUUGGUACUAAUUAACUGGCAGCAUUUACUUUAUAUUAAUUGAUGGUGGUGGGGCUUGGUAGUCCGGUGGUAAGUUCCUGCAAAGUAAGUUAAGUUCCAUUACUAAGUAAUACUUGUUUUUUAAAAAAAUUCUAAUUUUUAACCUUCCUUCAAGUUAGGUUGGACCUGGUUGGUUAGAGCUUGCCCAUUGGGGUUGUGUUUGAUUUAAUUUUUAAAAAAUAACUCAUGAUAACCGGACAAUUAGUACUUUUUGCUACUUGACCGGCUGCCAGUCACAUACUCACAGGCUUUAUAAUAACCACAGGUGAAAGGAGUCAGGCUAUAAAAUCUUGUACGUUUGUACAUAUGAUUGUUAUUAAAUAAAGCAUACUCACGUGUAAGCUGCCACAAUUUGUAAACGAGUUAGACUGUAAUCUGUUUAUUCAACUGCUGUGGUAUUGCAAAAUCUUUAUUUAUAGCCAAGAAAUGUUAUCAGUAACAGUUCAGUCUCCCAAUAUUCAAAGAAACCAUUUUAAUUUUAUAUAUAAUAUUUCAUAUUCUGUAACCAUACUAAUACAGACCUCUCAACUUUGCAGAGAAGUUAAGAGUGAGAUUGAGAAAUUAUUUCGCCAAAAAAAUUUCGGUCAGUGUACCAUUUUAGGGGUCAAAAAAAUUUUCCGGACAACAAAUAUUUUUCCGAACAUACACAAAAUUUUCGAAAAAUCACAAAAUUUGCCAAAAAAUUGACUUAAUUUUAGACAAAAUUUACAGAAUUUGUCACAUUUCUUUUAUUGCAACCCAAAAUUGCCCGACUGUUGAUCGAAUAUUGCCCGACUGCCCAAAAAACUCGCCCGGUACGCCUAUGCGGAUAUACCAAAAUUUUUAUGCGUUAGAUUUACUAAACGUGGCGUGAGAGAGAGCGUGAGACUGAAGCGAAUUGCGUGAGACUCACGUCGAAUGCGUGAGAAUUGAGAGGUCUGGCGUGAGAGCGUGAGACUGAAGCGAAUUGCGUGAGACUCACGCCGAAUGCGUGAGAGUUGAGAGGUCUGCUAAUACUGAUCAGUAAAUUUCCUUUCUAAUCCCAACUGUUUCGCGAGUUCUUGAGCAGUUUAGGUCCAAGGUACUUGGGGACAUUUAUAUUGAUUUUAGUUGAUAACUGUUUUAUACGAUUCGUUUCCAUAUUUUUACAGUAUAUUUAAAAGACAGCCAUUGCCGCCAUUUUGAAAUUCGCAUAAUUUCACAGUGGCUUCCACUCUAAAAAUCAUAAAAAUUAUAGAACUAUAAAUAUUUAAAAUUUAACUAUAUUAGCGUCUUUAUAAACGUUGAACAAUUGUUUGUGCAUGAUAACUGAUAUUGGUCUUUUUGCAUUCUUGUUAUCGAUUAGGGUUGUCCUGAAGAUGCACCUGGUUUGCUUCCACCAGAUUAUACGAAAGCAGACAUUCCAAAAUUGAGAGAAGAUCUGCGCAAGUGGGAGUCAGUUAUGACUGCAUCAUCAAAAGCUUGGUGGAGAGAGUUCUUGGGCUGUAUUGAGAUUGAGAAUGAAACAACAACAGAGGACACGUGUUGUAUCCUCGACUUAAAGCAAAAUUUGAAGAGACCUGCUGCUACUCAGUCAGAAGAAACCCCACCGAGAGUCAACAUGCAAUUUAGAGAGAAAGAACUUGCACCCCUUGAUGAGGUAAAUGAUUGUUUGCGGUAUUAGUACUGGGUGUUCCGUGUACGUGUCAAAUUUGUGAAUUUGAGAGGUCCAUAGGUCCCUUACAAUUGUUUUCAGUGGCGCUGUGGCGGGGGGGGGGGGCAUGCCCCCCUAUCGUCAGAAAAUUGUUAAUGUUGUCGGAAUCUUAGUGCUGAAGAAUCGAAAACAGUGCUACUAAAAUCGGGAAAAAUGCUACAAAAGCAAUUGUAAUGUUAUUGUCUGGAAAAAAUUUUCACUGAAAAAGUUGUCGACAGGGGUGGGGGGGGGUAGUUUGUCGGAAAAGUACUGCCCUUGCCCCCCCCCAAAAAAAAAAAAACAAAUUGGGUCUUACAGCACCACUGAUUAUUUUGGAACAUUUUGCCUUUUUUAUUAGAUAUAUACUGGUGCUUACCAGCCUCCGAGAACAAGAGGAAUUCAGUUGGUUGAUGAUAUUCUUAUGGCAUUGGCUCCUGGUGUUUUUGUUGCAGUAUAUUUAAGCAACUAGAAGAAAAUGCCUGUCAUUGGAAAAGUGGUGGAGGUGUUAGAGGAGGAAUUUACUAUUCAUUAUUGGAAAGGUUCAUACGCAAAGCCAUGGGAACCUCAUCUGCUAAAAAAUGGUAAGGAGAUUACUCCUUGGAGUGAUGUUUUGCCAAAACAAUCCAUUAUCAUAUGUGAUUUCCACCUAGAUAGUGAAAAUAAACUUCUGGAGAAUACCAGGAAAUAUUUAAAACGUUGGUACCAAGAGGAACGUGCACGAACAUAA